AUGACUAAGUUCGGCGCCUGGGCAAGGAAGCACCUGGUGUGUGGACCAGGUCGAAAGAAGCAAUCCACGGACCAGCCGCCGUUCCUCCCCUCGAAACGACGCCCUAUCACGCCGACGUCACUCGUUGCACCGACAUGCCUUUUUUUCCAGCUGCCUUACGAUGUCCGGAGCAUAAUCCUCUUUAUGGCUUUUGGUGGCCGGACCUUCCACGUGGACAUUGUGCACCAUGAGGGGAACUGGCAAUGGAGAGGCGGCGUCUGUAUUCGGAACUGUACUCGUCACGGGACAGCUAGGCCAUCUAUGCGGUAUGGUUGGCGUGGCCCGUGGGGCUGCUCGUGCAUACAGAGGAUAGAGCGCACAGGGACCAUCUCGAAUGCGCACAGCAUUGGCAUUAUGGGCUUUCUGCUGUCGUGUAAGCAAGCAUACACUGAAGGCAUUGAUAUCUUGUACUCUGCCAAUUGCAUCAACAUCAAGACUGAGCGCCUACUCCUUGACCUCCCCAAGUUUAUCCCACACAACCGGCUCGCAUCGAUUACUUCCAUCGAGAUAACCAUUCAGGCGCACGAUGUCGAACAAGAAAACGGCAGAGUAUCUCUCAAACUAGAUCACCUCGAGCCAGUACUCGACAACAUCGUCACGUACUGCCGCCACCUCCGCGGAAUUUGCUUGUCUUUCUUCCUCUGGCAACAUCACGGCCACGAUGUACUCGAUGGCCCAGCGCUGUCCUUGCUCGACGCCUUCUGGGAGUCCACGCAGUUGCGCAACAUGAGGGUCGAGCUGCCUACUCGGGACUAUUGGGCGGUGGAGACCUCUGACCUUUUGCUUGACCAUCCGCGCGAGGCUCCGGUCAAGAGGUUCUUCGGUAGAUCACACUGGCGGUCGUUGGAUAGCGAAGAGCCCAGCGUGCAGGACAGGUCCAUCGAGCGUUACCCUUACCCGCCUCUGAAACUGCCGGUACUUGAAGAUGGGGACGAGAGCGAGGAAAGCUCGGGUUAUUGGCUUUCCGAGGGCUAUGUAGGGCCGAACCCAGCAUACUCCAACUGUGGGGAACCAGCUCUAUAA